UACAAAUCUAUUACAUUUAUUGAGUCAAGAUGGAUACACUGAAAGGAACAGAAAGCAUUUUCAUGAUAAUAUUGAGUCUAAUUUCACAGAUCAUCGAUAUUCCAAACUACUCUGAACUUGUUGGAAGUCCAGACAAGAAGAAAAGCAGUACCAGUGACGAACAAGGGUCCCCAGACAACUCAUCCCUUGUAAGAAGAAACGUGUUCUUUGACAUAACAAGUGCUGCUAAAACUUUGUUUCAAAAUGGAAAUGAAACUAACACUGGAGACAGUGAAAUCAUCUUUGGUCGUCCCCUACCAAAAGAGAUGCCUACUAAGUUAAAGAAGCUGCUAAUAUUUUUGAAGCAAAACGUGCACUACGAGGGAAUAUUCCGGAAGUGUGGAUCCAACAAGCGUAUAAAAGACAUCAAGAAGUUGUUGGAUAGUCACGGUAACGUUAUCGAUUGGUCGGAGCAGGAGGAGUUUACAGUCCACGAUGCAGCGUCCGUACUGAAGCAGUAUGUUGCUGAGCUGCCCGAACCUCUACUGUGUGAAAAACACAUUCCUAUUCACAUCGAGAUCGCUAAGUUAGCGGACGGGGAAAAGAAGUUAAAGUGUCUACAACUUGUGUUGCUGCUAUUACCGGAGGAAAACAGGAUGUUUCUAAAGAUGUUGUUAAUGCUCCUCUCGGAAGUAGCACUGAACCCCCACUCUCUGAUGGACUACCACAACUUGGGGUUGAUCUUCGCUCCCCACAUCCUAAAAUCAAAGCAGAUGGAGACUGCAGCGAACAUGUGUCUGGGAAACAGUACAAUGUCUGACCCGCUAGACGAUCUAGUGACAUACACUGCGUAUCUUAUAAAUAAUUCGGAUACCUUGUUCAAGGUACCAAGAGAUCUGGAACAGACAGCGAGCAAAUACCAAGCUCGCCUUCAGAGGGGGGAAUCAUGCGAGGAGAUCCCAGUGGAAAUAGCCAGCAACUGUGUCAAGAUGAGCGGAGAUCUCCACAAGGAUGUUGUUUAUUCCCAAACUAAACAGCACCUCCUAGAGCUAUACAAAGCAUUUCAGCAAAUGCCUGAGGGCAAGGACAAGAAUUCACGCUUAAAAAAGUUCGAGAAAGAAUACCCACAUUAUAUUAUGGAGCUCAACAAUGUGAGUCAUUCGCCAAUGAUAAGAACAAAAAGCACUCGGAGGAACAUUGGCAAUAGCAUUUCCAAACUUUUACACGUCAAGACGUCAUCAACUCCCAAAGCGACAGCAUCACCUUCAGUCAGCUCUAUCACCACUUCUAUCACCAACUCCUUUUCCUUCCACAAGAACCCUCUCGCCGGGCUGGCUAAAACCCCCUGUAAGACCAGCACACCUCUGAACAGCACCCAGCUAGACAGCACUCUGCUACACAGCACUCAGCUGCAUUCAACCCCAAUACUGAAUACCUGUACUCCUUUGAAGUCAGAUGUUACUGUUAAUGUUGGACAGAAGCGGAAAGUUCUGGAGAUGUUGCAGUCAAGUCCCCCCAGAUACACUUCCUUGUCCAGUUUUAUCGGAAAACUACGUGGAAGGCCAGUUGUUGCUAAUAAGAGUGAGGAAACUCCUGAUUGUGAUAAUUAUAGUGAUGCCUGCAGUGAUCGCACACUUGUACCUGUUCAAAGCGAUAGCACACUUGUACCUGAUCACAGCAAUGAUAUUGAAAUAUUUCAUGAUGAUCGGACUCCACAUUCAUCCACUGUCAUUCAAAGAAUUAAAUCCUGUUGCCAUGGAGACAGAGGCUGAACCUAGAGUGGUUAGGAGACGACUGGAAGAUCAGCUAUGUGAGGGCAGUCCCUCUCGCCCAGGUCACGAGGACAAAGCAAUGACGGGGGACGGAUGUGAGUCUGGGUCUGAGGACGACGUUAGGAUGGACUACCGAGAUAUCGGCACGUCGUAUCGAGAGUACUUUGUGUAACUGGUCAUGGUCAGCGAACUGGUUUCUAUUUAUCGGAUCAUAUCCGUCCAGCUCUGAGCGCCGUCAGUAGGUUAAACAUACAAGUCCCCAUGUUAACAUUGCGUCAGGGAUUGUUCGAGAUGUGAUGUAUUUCGAGAGAAUGUUUCUGUACGGUCAACUUUACAAUUUCGUGAGCUUAUUUAAUGAGAAAGAUAGAGGGCGUGCAACAGUUGGUCAUUAAAAUGCUCUUUAGAACGAGAAGAAAUUGAAAUAUGGAAAGACGGUGAACAUGCAUUUGGGGUGUUGUUUGUGCAAAAGAACAUGUAACCAUGGUAACGUGAUAACCAUGGUAACAUGGUAACGUUCUCUGCACCUUGUAUAUGAUUAAGGUGAUAUACCUUGAUCACCUGUUGGUUUUGUUUGUUAAAUAUAUUGUAUUUCUUCUUUAUUUAUAUGCUAUUUUGUAAAUAUUGGUGGAUUUAUGUAGACACCUGUAACAUCCGGUAAUAUGAUGGUAGUUUUUAAAGCAUGAAUUUAAUUUCCACUCACAUUAAAAUUGAUUUUAGGAUUGAUCAGCAGGUUUCCCUUAUACCCUGGAUUUCAGAAAAUUGGUAUUUUGCCAAAUUGUCACAAAGCAUGAUGGACAUUUUUAUUGGAAUGUCCGAUUAUUGUCUAUAAACAUUCCAGUCAAAGUCAGAUAAGACCAAUUCAACAAUGAUAUGCUAUAAGUUUUCUCUGCUCUGAAACAGUACUACUACUAUAUAAGUAUAGCAAGUUACGUGCGAAUGUCUCAAUAAAAGUUGAUGAUAUUUAUAUUAUGUAAUAUAUUGGUGUGAUUAUACGUGUAUUUUAUACUCUUAACUUCGCCAAUCAAUGCUACUUUUUCAUUGGUUGAAUGUCAAUA